AUGGCAUUGUGUAAUGAGCGAAAAAACAAUGAGCAACCACCCAACGAGCUGAACUGCACCGGUACUUUUGGGCGUGUUCAUCUGGUGAAGGAAAAAAUGGCCAAACGUUACUUUGCACUGAAAGUAAUGAGCAUUCCUGAUGUCAUUCGACUGAAGCAAGAGCAACAUGUGCAUAAUGAGAAGUCAGUCUUGAAAGAGGUCAACCACCCAUUUUUGAUCAGAUUAUUUUGGACCAACCAUGAUGAACGUUUUUUAUACAUGUUAAUGGAAUAUGUGCCAGGAGGAGAACUUUUUAGUUACCUGCGCAACAUGGGGCGUUUCAACAACAGCACAGGACUGUUUUACUCAACAGAAAUUAUUUGUGCAAUAGAAUACCUGCACUCCAAAGAAAUAGUUUACAGAGACUUAAAACCUGAAAAUAUAUUACUAGACAAAGAAGGACAUAUCAAGCUUACUGAUUUUGGAUUUGCUAAAAAGCUGGUGGAUAGGACAUGGACGCUCUGUGGCACCCCGGAGUACCUUGCACCAGAAGUUAUACAAAGCAAAGGCCAUGGAAGAGCUGUGGAUUGGUGGGCCCUGGGAAUUCUUAUAUUUGAGAUGUUGUCAGGGUUUCCUCCAUUUUUUGAUGACAAUCCAUUUGGUAUAUAUCAGAAGAUUCUUGCUGGCAAAAUAGAUUUCCCGAGGCAUUUGGAUUUAUACGUAAAAGACCUUAUUAAGAAGCUGCUUGUGGUUGACAGGACAAGACGAUUAGGAAAUAUGAAGAAUGGAGCGGAUGAUGUGAAGAGACAUCGAUGGUUCAGGUCUAUAGAUUGGGACGCUGUACCUCAAAGGAGACUAAAGCCUCCCAUAGUACCGAAAGUAUCCAAUGAUGGGGAUACUUCCAAUUUUGAAGCUUACCCUGAAGAUGACUGGAACAAGACGCCUCCGGUACCCCCUAAAGAUCUAGAAAUUUUCAAGAACUUCUGAAUGCAACAUCUACUCCGGGUGAGAAACUGGAAGGAAAUUCAAGUGCUGAGAGCAAGUCUGAAGAAAAAUGGAGUUCAUACAUAAAUGAAGACUUUCUUUGUGGAUAAGAAUGAUACUGCAUUCAGAUAUGUGUAUUAGUAUAUGGUAAAUAUCUAAAGAGUUGGAGGCAGGCAAGAAUAAUUUUUUGCUGUAAACAUUUGACAUUAGUUUAGUAAAUUGUAAUAUUGAUAGUCUACUCUGAAGUAGACUCACUAAAAUGGUAUAUUUUGGGAUUAUUUUUUUUUUUUUUUUAACUUAUGGUUUAGUUAAGUUUCCUGCUAUUCCCAGAUCCUUUUUGCAUAGUUAACUCAUAGACUUAAUUUUAUAAGUUUAUACUAAACUUGUGUAAUUAAAAGCACAAAUUAGUAUAUAUGUAUAUAAUGAAAACAAUACAACUAAAGCACAGGAACUGUGCAAAGAUGUAAAUUUUUGUA